UUGAGGAAAUUUAGCUCUGAAGUGAUAGAAGAUAUGAAAUUAGGGUUCGCUGUGGCCAAUUCCUUCACUUGGCUGUUAGGACAAGCAUAUUAUCAAGGUUUUCACCAUUUAUGUGACAUCACUUAUCCCUUAGCAACACAAACUGUCCUUACAGACGGCAAAGCAUUCUCGUUUUACGCUUAUCAACUUAACACCAUUGAACUAGGGAAACAGAACAAUUGUAAUCCCUACCAGAAUAUCUGUUGGCAUAAGAAGGAACAGAAUCUAUAUGAGAAAGUGGAGGACGGAAAAGUUAUUGGUCUUAACGACAAUGUUUGUGAAUUGAUUCUGAAAGUUUUAUUAAGGAAAACACAGAACCGAGGAAUCAACAUG